AUGGCGCUGCACACAAGGCUUCGCUCCCGCAGCCUCCUGUCCUCUGCCCGGCUCCUGUGCACGGGGAGUCCGGCCUCUGUGCGUCCCCUGCCCGAACAAGGGCCCCAGAGCGAGAUCCUGGGGGACCAUCUGAUCUACACACACGAGCACCGCGCUCUGAAGGAGGCGCUCAGGAAGAUCAUCGACCAGGAGAUCAAUCCUCAUGUGGACCAGUGGGAGGCGGAGGGCAUUUUCCCCGCCCACAAAGUCUUCAAGAUUCUUGGGACUGCUGGUUUUCUUGGCGUGAACAAGCCAGUGGAGUAUGGAGGCCUGGGCCUGGACUUCAGCUUCAGCAUGGCAGUCUCAGAGGAGCUCGGACACAUCCAUUGUGGAGGGGUACCCAUGGCCAUCGGAGUGCAGACUGACAUGGCCACGCCUGCUCUGGCCAGGUUUGGCUCCGAGGCUCUGAAGAAAGAGUUCUUGCAGCCCUCCAUCCUGGGGGACAAAGUGGCCUGUCUGGGUGUGAGUGAGGCAGGAGCUGGCUCGGAUGUCUCCAGCAUCAGGACCAAGGCUGUGAGGAAAGGGGACGAGUACGUCAUCAAUGGGGGAAAGUUGUGGACUACCAACGGCACCCAGGCCGACUGGAUGUGUCUGCUGGCCAACACCAGCGACGGCCCCCCCCACAAAAACAAGUCCCUGAUCUGUUUGCCCAUGAAGCUGCCAGGCGUGCACGUGGCCCGCACCAUCAAGAAAAUAGGCAUGUGGUCUUCAGACACGGCUGAGGUGUUCUUUGACGAUGUUCGUGUGCCCUGCUCCAACGUGAUUGGUCAGGAGGGGAUGGGCUUCACCUAUCAGAUGCUUCAGUUCCAGGAGGAGCGGCUCUGGGCCGUGGCCAACAUCAUGACCACCAUGGACCUCAUCCUCCAGCAGACGGUGGACUACACCAGGCAGAGGAAGGUGUUCAGCCGCCCCGUGCUCUCCCAUCAGGCAGUGCACUUCAGACUGGCUGAACUCCAGACCGAAGUGGAGCUGCUGCGCUCGCUCUUCUACAGAGCUGUUGCUCUGUAUAUGAAGGGCAAUGAUGUGACCUUGCUGGCCUCCAUGGCGAAGCUGAAGGGGGGACGCCUGGCUCGAGAGCUGGCUGACAGCUGCUUGCAGUUCUGGGGAGGGAUGGGCUUCACCAGCGACGUCCUGGUCAGCCGCUUCUUCAGAGAUGGUAGACUGAUGUCCAUUGGGGGAGGAGCUGAUGAGGUCAUGCUGGGAAUCAUCUGCAAAUAUAUGGACACGCUGCCCAAGAAGAGGUUUUCUAAAGUGGGAUCCUCAUGUGCCAAAACAUGA